UACUUUUUUCUUUUUAGGUUCGUCUCUUCACGUUGAGUCGUUUACGUCUCCUCACACUGAUUUUCCCGAGAAAAUUGAAAGAAAGUUCUGUUCAUUCAAAUCAAUGGAGUCGAUAGCAUCUAUUUCUACUUCCAUAAUACUACUACCUCCAACAACAACGAUCUCCGUUUCAACUUCACGAUCAGUAUUGAUUCCUCUUCCUUCCCACCGCUGUUCUUCCCUUUCCAGCGCAGGGAGACGGAUUUCGAUUCCGAGAAGAAGACACUUCUUGAGCUGUAAAUCGACCACCAGCGGCGGAGGAGGAGGAGGAGGAUCAGAUAAACAGGGUGGCGAUGAAGAGGAAAGCGAGGAAGUGGAGAAGGCGCUUCACUUGGACGGUACGAUCCCUGGGACUUCCGAUGAGUUUGUGAGGCAAGUCUCGUCGCGUGCUUACGACAUGCGUCGGAAACUAGAGCAGACGUUUGAUUCCACCAGCUAUGACGUGCUGGAGUCUAACCCAUGGAGAGGAGGAGACUCAAAGCCGGUUUAUGUACUAACACACAGAGAAAACCAGAUCUGCACCAUGAAAACUAGAACAACCCACAGUGAAGUAGAGAAAGAGCUUGGACUGUUGUUCUCUAAAAGGAUCAGCAACCAGAAAAAGCAGUCUAGACCCGAAACUAAAUUCGAUAUGCUCGUAGAAGACAUUCGAGAUGGAGUAUUGGUUUUCGAAGAUGUGAAUGAGGCUGUUCGAUACUGUGAUCUACUACAAGGUGGAGGAAAAGGUUGUGAAGGCGUGGCUGAGAUUGAGGCCUCCUCUGUUUUUGAUCUUUGCCGGAAAACAAGGUCUCUGGCGGUUCUAUUCCGCCGUGGAAGAACACCACCUACACCGCAGACGCUGGAGCGUAAUUUGGGAUCCCGUAAGCGUUCUCUUGAGGACUUGAGGGACAACAAGUAGCUUGUACAUCAUCUUAAUAGUACUUACAAUUAUCCGAAAACAAACUUGUAUAAACAAGUGUAAUUAAUCGUGUAUAUAUAAUAGAUGUAUGUUACUUGUGGUGCUUUCUUAUUCUUCUCUUGGAGUUGCUCUGUAAA